UUGUCCGGUCAGCGCUACGCCCAGGCCAUCUUCGAGUUGGCCGAGCAGCACGAGCAGCUGGAACCGUGGGACCAGGAACUCAGACUCGCCGCCGACGUGCUCGGCGACGAGGAGUUCGGGCUGUUCCUGCGGCACGCCGAAGUGCCUUUGGAGCGCAAGAUCACGGCCAUCGACGAAGUGCUUUCCGAAACCCACCCAAUGGUUCGGAACCUGGUCGCGCUCAUCGUCAGCCGGGGCGGCGUGGAUGCCAUGCGGGACGUGCAGGAAGCCUACACCCGCCUGCUGGACGAACGGCUGGGCCGUCAACGUGUUGAAGUCACCGCCGCCGUUCCGCUGGAGCCGGCCGAACUGGAUCGCAUCACCGAUCUCGUCGGCAGGAUGGUGGGCAAGGAAGUGGUGGUCAGCGCGCUGGUGGACGAGUCUAUCCUCGGCGGACUGAUCAUUCAGAUCGGCGACCAACUGUUGGACGGCAGCGCAAGCUCCGCCCUGGAACGCCUGCGCCGGACGGUUCGCGCGCAAGCAGCCUAA